AUGACGAACACCGCAGUUGCUUAUAUCAUUACCGUGGUAGUGCUGUUUGUCUUCAUCAGUAGUCUGGCGUCUGCACUGCUCCUUUUGAAAAAAAUAAGAUGGAGAUUUUGGAAGCGGAAGAAGGGACCCUCUUCAGCCGAACUGAGGCAAAGGAGAAUUCCUGUCAUUGAAAGCACACCUUUUUGGGUCCCAGGCAUUCCGAGUAGCCUCGUGGGGAUAGAGAUCCAACCGUCAGCUCAACUGUUGCCUGUAACUUAUUCAACUCCAAAACCACGCCGACACAAACUAGUACGUAACUCAUGUGAAAAGAGCCGGCUUUUUUUUUAGAAAGGAGGGUACAGUGUUCUACAACACCUGCCAAAAAUUCGCUUUUACGUUUUCCUUCGCACCCGUGGGGGGGACACUCAACAAACAACUAGUGAAAUCCCUACCCUUUUAUUUUCCUGAAGCCUGGAAAAGAUACCGUAAAAUUCCGAAAAUAAGCCCGGGGGCUUAGAUUUUUCAAAGGCCCUUUUGAGGGGCUUAGUUUUAGAGGGGCUUAUAUUCGGAGGGGCUUAUCUAAGGAGGGAAAUUUGCGUUUCAAAAUCGAUUGAGCUAGCCUUGUAGUUGGAAGGAAAUUUACCGUUUUUGCUUUGUUUUACUUUGUAUUUGAUGGCAAUUUCCAAGUACAACCCCCCGGGGGGGCUUAUAUUUGUAGGGGCUUAUACAUGUAGGGGCUUAUUUACGGAAUUUUACGGUACCCCUUUCGGGAGGUGCCUCCCCGAAAAGGCCAUCACAAGGCUGGAAGUGUGUUAAAGCUCAUUAGAUUAACAAAAAUAUUUACUUUUGCCGUAGCGCUUUUCAGUUCGUCACGAUAGACCAGUAAAGACGAGAACAUUAUUCACGAUGUUCUCUAAAUCGUGAUAUCUGAGGCCGCUAUCAUAGGAUCAGCCGGCCUUGGUGAUCAGGCCUAAUAGGGGAUCGCAAAUGAACUGAUAAACAGCCAAAUGGCAAAGCCAAACAAUGUUCGACAAAAGAAUUCUCUCUUUUUGACAAGUAAGGCUAGGUUGUUAAGGCUCUUAGCAGGAAUUAUUGUCCCUUCCGUUAAAUAUUUUUGUUUUCAACAGUUCAUAAAGCUGACUAAGAAAGUUAUUUCUAGAGUCUAACGCGCUCCAAACAUCCUUAACAUCUCACUGAACAUCUGUUUUCAACCAGAAAGAAGUCACUCUUGAAGCUCACCUCUAAGAUCCUAAAUUUUUCUUUUGCAGAAUCAGGACGAAUUACCGAAACUUAAGUUUUCUCUUCAGUAUCACAAAGCAAGGUGAGUUCUUCUUACAGCACAUGAGUCAAUUACCGCCCCUCGUCGCUGUUAUCAUGUUUACCUUUUGUUAAUAUUUGUUUUUCUUAGUGGGGUACUGGAAGUACAGCUGCUAGACACGGCUAACCUUUCCCUGGAUAGCCCCGACCUGGACGAUGCCGCGCUAGAUGGUGGAGAUUCCUCUGUGUUUCUCUUUUCCAACGUUCAACUGACCCAGCAGGUGAGGCUUGAUUAGGGUCUCAACAAUCAAGACUUCAAGUGUCAAGAGUGACCAAAGUUAAUUUUCUCCUAACAAUAUCCUGAUACAUAAUCUAUAGAGAAAAUGUUUUGAGAAUUAAUGAAACUGUGAUAAUCUGAUGGGAAAAGCUUAGACUGUUCACAGUCCCCUAUUUUUUCGUGAGAUCGUUGAGAUAUAGCACGUCUUACCGUUAAUGACGGCCAUCUUGAUUUUCAAAUGUACCGAGGGGGCGGGCGUGGGGGAUUAUAACUCUAGGGGGAGGUGGGCGAGAAAAAUAUUUUUCUCGCUUCCUCCCAAACCGCCCCCUACCCCCUAAGUAGUUUUGACACCCACGCAAGAUGCAGCCCGAAACGCAAAGUGCUCGAUCUCGACGAUCUUACGGAAAAAUAGAGGACUGUGAACAGUCUAGGAAAAGCUUUGAUCAGCAAACAAAUGCUCUCAACAGGGACUAAUUCUUUAAAGAAAUGUAUGAAGAUCAGUCUGGAGAAUUUGUAUUUGGAUAUUGCGGCUUAAAGGGUUAAAGUGAUGCACAAGCAUCCCAUAUAGGAGAGGUGAGGUUGUAGCCGGCUUCAAACAAUAAUCACUAAAGAGAAAAUCGCUAGCCUGUGUACAGCCGCCCCUUCAAAAUCGCUUGAUCGUAUAAAAUUCUCCCAACUAGGUCUUGGAGGAAAAGCAUGGGGAUCAGUUUGGAGAAUUUGUUUGAGGAUAUUGGGGCUUUAGGUAAAAAUGUUAUACGAGACGAUUCGCAACAACGAUUUUUAGCGCAACAUAGCGUUCCAACAUUGUUGCGAUAUUGUAAUGAAUAGUUACAACAUUGUUCCAACAUUGCAACCCUGUGUUGCUCUAACAAUCGUCGUUGCGAAUCGUCCCGUGUAACACCACCUUUAAAGGAUUAGGCAGUGCAGCAAUUCUUCAACCUCACACGUAUCUCUGGCUUAUAAUAACGAACGUGGAUUUUAUCUGCAAGGGUUUGCUUUCAUUUUUUUUCAUCCCAAUCUUAUUCAGGAGGAGACAAAAAAACGGCUUCGUUUAAUGUCUCGCCGCCGUCGCCGAAGGCAUAAGUCGUUCGAGAUCGAGAUGAGCUAUGAAGCACUACAGCUGCAGACAUUGCAGUUCUGUGUUAUGGGGUAUGAUGAGUACUCAAGAAACAAGGUUAUAGGAGAUGUGCUCCUGCCUCUAGCUGAAUUGGCACGACAGGGCUUGGACAUCACCCGAGAGCUCGUGAUGUGGAGAGAUAUACAGACCUGUCAACCGGUGAAUAACCCCUUGUUUUUAUAUCGGAAAUGGUUUGUUUUUCUUUGCUGAAUUUUCUGGUAGGAAGUGGAGACUUGGUGUUUAUCUUUGUCAAAUUGCACUAUGACUCUUUUUUGGGCCACGAAUCGAAAGUUUGGCCAAGUUGGCCACGAAACCGGGUCACAAAUAGCCAAUAGCGGACUUUACAUUUGAGGACCAGAGCGAGUACGAGUACGAGAUUUAACUUAAAGUUUUUGUGUGUGUUCUGAUAAAAAGACACCCCGGAAAGCUUCAAUUUACCUUUUUUCACCAGAAAAGUUAGUACGGAUAUUUAUACUGAAGGAGGUUAAGCCUUAAAACUUCUUAGAUUUGAUAACUUGUUCCUGCCACUACGACAUUCUCGCUAAAACUCGUAGUAGAAUGACGACGGCUAUCACGUUUUCCCGCCAAAAUAACGCUGGGUCACACUUGAGCAAUACUCCGUAUUGGAAACUGAUCUCAUGGUCUUAGUCAUAGUCGUCUAAGAAUCUUAAGGCUCUCUAAUAAAAGAAUUGAAGCGAAAGCGUCCCAAAAAUAGUCCCAUAACGUAAUUCGACAAAACACGUUGCCAGUCGCUUAAUCUCGACGCCAUUUGUUAGCUUUAUUUCCUCGUCCAAAGUUUUAAGUGAAUCAGAUCAGAAAGACAAAGUUUUUUUGAAGAAGUUAAUUUCAAAAUUUUCCUAAGCACUCGCUUGGUUUUAGUCUCAUCUUGUAUCGUUUCUCGUUUAUCAACUCCUCUGUGUCUUAUCUCUUUUAGCGGUCACAUUUAUUACGUGAAAGAAUGGGACAAUUGUCGAGCAUAAAGUCAUCCCAGGAUGUCUUGGAGUCGGACGGCACAGAAAGACCAGCCGAACGCAAGUGUAGUACUUCAUAA